CACAUUUUACAUUUUAUUCCAGGUUGAUCUCCUAUCAAGAGUUUUUGGCAUUUGAAUCUGUUUUAUGUGCUCCAGAUUCCAUGUUCAUAGUGGCUUUCCAAUUGUUUGACAAGAGUGGAAAUGGAGAGGUGACAUUUGGAGGAGUUCUCUGGCCACACCGUUGGUACAGCAGCUCCUUCCAGGCUCAUUCAUGGAACAGGCAUGGCGGCAGUCUUGGAGAAGAGUGCCAGCCCCGGUCAGAGAAAAUGUCAAAGAAAUUUUUGGACAGACUAUUAUUCAUCAUCAUAUCCCUUUUAACUGGGACUGUGAAUUUAUCCGCUUACAUUUUGGGCACAAUCGGAAGAAGCAUCUUAACUACACAGAAUUCACACAGUUUCUCCAGGAGCUACAAUUAGAACAUGCAAGACAAGCCUUUGCACUGAAAGACAAAAGCAAAAGUGGCAUGAUUUCUGGUCUGGAUUUCAGUGACAUAAUGGUUACCAUUCGGUCUCACAUGCUUACUCCUUUUGUGGAGGAGAACUUAGUUUCAGCAGCUGGAGGAAGUAUCUUUCCACCAG